AUGUACAGGGCCCGUCGCCUCACAUACCGUGAACUUGUUCUGUUGCUGCUUCUUGCUGUUCUGGAGAAGGCGUGGGAAGUGUCUCCACCUGCAUUCACCAGCCGUUCUGGUACACCUGCCAGAUUCCAGCAGAAUUCCUUCAGGACAAGAGAGAACACCGAGCUAUAUGUGAGCGAAAGCAUGGAUGGUAAGUUCAGGUGCAACAUGUCCGCAAGCGAGAAAAUGUUGGUGGCCGCACUGCAUUCCGCUGGCAAAAAAGGCCAGCAGGGAUGGGCUAAAGUUCAGCGCCUGUACGAGAACUACACCGGCCUCGCAGUACCGGUUUAUGGCGCAGCGUUACAAGCUGCAUAUCGUUGCAAACAGUUCUCAGAGGCAGCAGAGAUGUACACAAAUAUCCGAAGCAUCGGCAAUGUGACGGUCGGUCCAGUCCUCCUGAUGUACGGCAUGAAGACCUUCGGCAAGUUGCAGGACAGCACUGCCGUCGAUUCAAUCUGGCAAGAGGUUCUUGCAGAGGGACGGGUCGACAAGUUUCUGGCCGCAGCUCGCAUUGAUGCGGCCAGCGAGAUGGGUGACAUUGAAGAAGCUGCAUCUAUCCUAGAGUUUAUGGUAAAUAAGACCGUGCCAGUCUAUGACAUCCAUUUCAAUUCUGCGAUCAAUGCAUGUAAAAACUCAAACCACUCCAACCGCCACAAGGCAGCCAUGUAUUUGUUGGACGGCAUGCUCAGCAAACACUUGCAGCCGAGCAUUGUCACCUUCGCCAACUUGGUGGGGGCUCACAGCCAUGCUCCGCUGGACCAGCUUGAAGGUGUGCUGUCUAGCAUGACACACAAAGGCGUCGGACCCAACCAGGUCUUCACAGAAGCCGUUUUGAGUGCUUUGUUUCCUGGUCGUUUCACGGCAGCCUGGACGGUGGAUGACAUCUGUACUCGGCUUAAAGGCGCAAGCAGGAACAGGCUCAGGGUGGCAAAGUCAGUUCUGAAAGACGCGCGGUCUCGAGGCGUCCGACUGACACAGCUCAGCUCCAUGGUUGAUCAGUGCCUGCAGCAGCUUACCAUCUGA